AUGGCAGAAAACAUCAAACUGAGAACAGCUGAGGCCAACACACAGCCCUACUUGACUGCAUUGUAUCUUUCAUCAGUGGCCAGUGUGGUGCCAUCAACACUCAGUAUUGGAGAUGUUCCUGAUGACAGUGGCCAGCCGCAGGCGCUUAACUGCCGCACAGACACACCCGCGGUGGGGGGGGGGGGGGUGUUCACUGCACCCACUCCCCCUGCGGCGCCCCCACAAAGCCCGCCACUGCUCCGCAACGCGCACGCCGGGCUGUGGGGCAGCAACGCCGAGGACCGCGGAAAAAGGCUCGGGGACGUCUCCGCGCGCCGAGCUCGCGCCGCAGGGGAGCGCAGCGCCGCGGGCGUCCCGAGCCCAAGCACACGCCGCUCGGAGCUCUGCCGCCUGCCGACACGCAGGGGCCGGCCGCCGGGGCCGCGAGCUGCAGGGGGCGAGCCCGCCGGCGCCCCGCCGGGAGGGGGAGCAGGGGUUCUCCCAGUGGAACAGGCAAGCCCCGUUGCGGAGGGCAUCCUCCGGCCAGGGAGGGGCAGAGCGGCUUGCUGGGUAGGACAACGGGUGUUCCAUUCUCAGGGGUGCGGCCUGGUGGUGGCGCCGCGUCACGCGCCCAGUACGUGCGCCACUCCGUUCUGGAACCUUCCCCCGGCUAAAGAAGGGGAGGAAGAACAAGAAAGGUGCCAGAACCUCCCAUAUAUGGGCUGCGUCGGAAGCAUUUACGUCAUGGCGUCGCGUCGUAGCGUGUCUGCGGGCCGCGAGUGGAACGUGACAGCGUUGUGCCCUGCACAGCGCCCUGGAAACCAAACAGUAAAGCCGGGCGCAGAGGAAGAUUAAAUCUGUCAAAUCCUUCUGUUUUUCACAAGCACAAAAGUCACGUGAAUUUAUUGAUGAAUAGACGAUUGCUACCUUUUCCCAAAGUUUGGAAUUGACUAAUACUGGAAACCUCUGUGAUUACCUCAAGCUGCUCAGUGAUUACACAAAAUAAAAAUAGACUUAUGGAUAAUGAAUUUUCAAAACUGUAUUUAGAAAUAUCUAUCACUCCUCUUUGAUGGUGAAUGAUGCUGAUGUCUCUACCAUCAGACUCUGCCAUUGUACCCAUACUCUAGCUGUAGGUCUAGUCUGAUGAUGUAGGAUAGGGCUAAGGAAUGGAUCUCAUUUAAAUGCAAGUCUCAAAAUUGUAAUUUCUCCUACAUUCAAAUAGAAUCUGCAUCUGUGCAGUCCUAAUCUAGAUGCCAGAUUGUUAGGAUAACUAAUUCAUAUUUGACUGUUAAUUCUGAUUUAAAUAUAUUUAAAACUCUUUGAA